GAGAAGCCAGGAAAGGUUGUCCACUUCCCAUUGAUGAAGGAGUUUUACCGGGCCAUCCAAUCUGGGCAAAAGACUUGGGAGUUCAGAAAGGCUUCGUCGUGGGCCAAGCGGAUUCAGGGAGCCACUCACGCAGUCUUUCGUCUGGGCUACACGCCAGAAUGCCUUGGGCCUGCCAAAAUCUUGGAAGUAAGAACCUUGAGUGUAGCAGACGCUCGGGAUUUGGGAUGUCCAGUGGAUAACGCAGUUCUUUUCGAUGGUGAGAUCAUUGGAGUGCGCUUUGCCCCCUUUCAGGACCGCGUGGUGGCAGCUGAUGUUGCAUUGGGGCCUGUGGCCACUCGAAAAGAAUGCGACCUUGCUGCUGCUGCUACUGCCAGCGCCGCUGGAAUAGCUGCUUCAGCCGUGCCUGGAACCAUUGGAAAAACAGUUUUAACUGCAACGCUUUCUGGGGCACUAGCUUUGUUGGAGGCCAUCGUAAGUAGCUUGAGGCCAUGCUUCUAG